GAAACGAAAGCUAACACGUGGGAACUGUAAUUUGCUGUGUUUUGCCUUUUCUUCAGGGUACUUAAGUGCCUUUUUACACAGUGCCUUGUCAACGACGACUCCGUAUAAUUGUCUGGAGGUGAUAGUUAGCUCUCAGCUGACUGGUGAGCUGGUUUAUCUGCCUUAUUAUGGCGGACAACAGAGACGAUGAUUCUCAGCACAGGAUUAAAGAGGGGGACUACGUUGUGUUGAAACGAGGGGAUAUCUUCAAAGCUGUGCAGAUUCAGCCUAAAAAGAAGGUGAUUUUUGAGAAGCAGUGGUUCUUCCUGGAUAAGGCAGUGGGACACCUGCACAGCACCACGUUUGAGAUCGUGUCUGGAGGUCUGCAGCCACUGAAGCCCAAAGACUCAGAGAGCUCUAACGAUGCGAAGGAGGCAGGCACAGACAACAGAAACAUUAUAGAUGAUGGAAAAUCACAGAAACUGACCAGGGAUGACAUUGAGACGCUCAAAGAGCAAGGUCUGAAGGGUCAGGAAAUCAUUCAGCAGCUCAUAGAUAACAGCUCAACAUUCAAAGAUAAGACUGAAUAUGCCCAGGAUAAGUACAUCAAGAAGAAAAAGAAGAAGUAUGAAAACACUGUGACGAUUCUAAAACCGUCGUGUCGCAUUCUUGCUAUGAUGUACCAUGGCCGGGAACCAGGGAAGAUCUGCCACCUGCGAUAUGACACACUUGCCCAGAUGUUGACUCUGGCGAACAUCCACGCUGGCAGUAAAGUUUUGGUGUUCGAGACUUGUGCUGGCCUCGUGCUCGGAGCCGUCAUGGAAAGAAUGGGGGGCUAUGGCUCAGUGAUCCAAAUGUACCCAGGAGGUGAGCCUGUUCGGGCGGGUGUAGAGAGCUUUGGCUUCCCUGCACAUUUUCACGAUAUGCUGCAUGGGUUUCCCAUCUGCCAUGUCAAUGCUCUGCUGGCAGGCACCCUGGACACCACUGCCAAAGAUCCCAGUGCUGAUUCAAAGCAGGCCAUCGUGGCUGCCGAGGAGAAGCAAAACCUGCCUGAGGCAGAACAGCAGGGCAGUCCAGAGGAACAGAGCAUGGAGGCGAGCAGUGGCUCUGAUGGUAGCCAUGACCAGGAGAAACGCAAAGAAGCCAAAGCUCAGGAAAGAAAGGUGAAGCUGGAGGAGAAGCGGAGGAAGCUGGCAGCCUCUGCCGCCCUGCUGGAGGGCAGGAAUGCCGACGGGUUGGUUAUAGCCAGUCGCUUUCACCCAUGUCCAGUCCUCAUGUGUCUGCUCAAAUUCCUCUCCCCCUCCAGGCCUUUUGUAGUCUACUCCCAAUACAAAGAGCCUCUUAUCGAGUGCUACACUAAACUCAAGGAACAAGGCGGUGCGGUCAGUCUCAGACUCACAGACACCUGGCUCAGACAUUACCAGGUGUUGCCUAACAGGACGCAUCCUCUGCUGCUGAUGAGUGGGGGCGGGGGCUACCUCCUCUCAGGAACAACAGUUGCCAUGGACCGCUCCAAACCUGCGGGCUCCCAGCGAGCUGAGGAACCAGCACCAAAGAGACAGAAACUGACAGACACUGAAGGAUAAACACAGAAGCAUCAAAUGUUUUAAGGGCACAUUACCAGUGGCUUAUAGGGAUUUUCCUCCAGGAUUGACUUCUCUGUCUGCUGACCCGACCUGACACAUCUGGAAUAAGGGAGACGGCGUGUCUGGUUUGCAUUCAUCAGAGCACUUUCUCCUGUCUUGUGUAUUCAGAUCAGUACAGAUGAAGGCGUAAUGCUGAGGAGUAGACUGUAAGCCAGUUUGGGUUGAAUGAGCUCAGUGUAUGUGUUACGCAAGGAACUGCUGAAAUAAUCUUUUGUGUGUUGAGACUAAAAGACAGAUUUAUGUCUUAUGCCUUGAGACCAGGUGUAGAAACAUUUUUUUCGCCCAAUUGAUGCUCUCCAGCUUAUAACUAUUUUUAUUUUGUUAUCCCUGCAGGAAGUGCCAUUUGUUACGUGAUCCAGUUGCUAGUGCAGCUUCGCUGUAGGUCACAUCUGUAUCUGCACAGAAUUAA